UCAGGCCCCGCUCCUGUCCCCACAGCCUUCCUGUCCAGUCCCACUGUCCACAUGAGUCUGGUGAUCCGCAACGUGCAGCGCGCCGUGCCGUUGCGGAGAGCGCCCCUCCGUGGCCGACUGCAGGUGCUCAGGCGCAUCCUGGGCGUGCAGGCCUUCGACCUGGGCCUCGUCUGCGUGGACAACGGCCAGAUGCGCCGAGUGAACAGGGUCUACCGAGGGAAGGACGUCCCCACCGACGUGCUUUCUUUCCCAUUCCACGAGAAUCUGAAAGCGGGUGAAGUUCCCCAGCCACACUCCCGAGAUGAUUAUAACUUGGGGGACAUUUUCCUGGGAGUAGAGUAUAUCCUCCACCAGUGCAAUCGCAGCGAAGAUUACUACGACACCCUGGCUGUGACUGCCACCCAUGGACUAUGUCACCUGCUGGGCUUUACCCAUGGUACAGAGGCUGAGUGGCAGCAGAUGUACCGGAAGGAAGAGCAGGUGCUGGAGGAUCUGGGCCGACACCUGGGAACCCAGCUCCAGCCACUGAGCAGGGGCCUCUUCUGAUGACCCCCACCCUGGACUGCCACUGUCCUGUAGACAUGAAGGUGGAGAGUCGGCUCGGUCACGAGGAAGACUUGAUCCAGAGCCCAGGAGCAGCUGACAUUUCGGUUCUUGUUCUAGAACACUGAAGGUUAUUGUAAAUGAAGGGUUCUGAGCCCUGGGUGUGAGGGUGUACAAUAUCCACGCUUCCUGGGAGCUGUAGGUCCUGCGAGAUGGCGUUUCCUUGGGAGGGAUGGAGUGAGUGAGGCUCCUGGACCUGGCUCUCCAUAUGACCUUCUGACUGAGGAGCAGGCUGAAGGGGCAGCCCUGGCAGCAGAGUACACUGUGUCUAAUCCAUGGGCAGUGUCAGAUAUAAGAACAUCCUGCCCAUGCAUCUCCCGGCAUCUCCUGUACCUAGUUUGGCCAUGGCCUAGACAUGCCCAAGAAGGCCCCAUUCCCCAGGAGCAAGGCAGCAGCAAGCAACAAGUCUGUGAUGAGCAAACCCUGCUCUGCAGUCAUGGCCACUCUGGGGCUACUGCUGUCACCAUGGCUUUGCUCUGCUGUCAGGCGUGGGGGCAUCAAGCUCUCACUGCUCCAUUUUAGUUCCCAGCAGCGUGUCCUGCUGCAUCUGUGAACACAUAUGCAUUGCACCUGUCAGUGCCAAACAGCCCGAAGGGGUUUAUGCCCAUCUGUGCUGCCAUCAAUGACAAUGGUGACAAGACAGCCCCAGUGGACUUUCCUCAUCCUGAAACCUAUGAUGCUAGUCCAGUUUCUCAAAUUAAAUGGUUUACAAACAUGAAAAUGCUCCUCCCACUAGAGUUGUGCCCUAUCUCAGCCUCGACUUCCUGUCCGGUUCUCAGGAACACGCACGAGCCUGAGACUUUGAGUCACGUUGUCCCUACCUGACUUAAUCCCACUGAUCAUGAUUGUCCUCCACCUAAUGUCCAGUAUGGCAGAGGCUACUGGACAUCACCCAAACAGCAGCUCCGGGGUCCACGGUGCCUUGUGAGCAGCUGAAGGGCCCUGAGACCUGCUGGCCUACUUCCUGACACACUCUUGGGCUUCAGAGGGAAAUUCCAGGGGCACCUGGGUCUCAGGACCCAAAGGCUUGGUCCCUGUCUCCCAGCAGUCUAGCAAAGCACCACUGGUGUGUCUCAGCCCUCUGCUCCAUUGCACCCUUGGGGUGUGCACAGCCACCCUGCCUGCACCUCUGUCCACUCUGCUAUGAGUGAUUGUGUCUUCUCCCUGCUUUUCUGUUUUCCUUUUUUCCUCUUGAUUUGCUAUUUCUUUUUUUCUUUUUUUUUUUUUU